AUGUCUAACGAAGUGCAGCAUGGCUCUGAGGCGUCGUAUUCUAAAGCGACAGAAGAGCAAUGGAAUCACCCCCGUUCCAACAUACUAAAAACACUGGCAACUUUCUGGAGCUUUCUAGUGAUGGGUGCUAAUGAUUCUGCAUACGGUCCGCUUCUUCCAUACCUCGAAACUUAUUAUGGCAUCUCCUACACAGUCGUCUCGCUCGUGUUCCUAUCCCCCGCCGUGGGUUAUAUAGCUGCAGCGAUCAUCAAUGACCGAGUCCACUGUGCCAUAGGUCGACGGGGUGUGGCAUUUGUGUCAUCAGCUUGCCAUGUCAUAGCAUAUAUCCUGAAUUGUGUGCACCCACCAUUUCCCGUACUGGUUGUGGCAUUCAUUUUCGCCGGUCUCGGUAAUGGACUUGCAGACUCAGCGUGGAAUGCUUGGAUCGGAAAUCUGGACAAUGCAAACCAGCUGCUUGGCUUGCUUCAUGGGGUCUACGGCAUAGGAGCUGUGAUAAGUCCUGUGAUUGCAUCAUUUUUGAUCGCUGAUGCCGGACAUCCAUGGUAUUACUUUUACUACAUCAUGAUUGGCGGCGCAGUUAUCGAGCUUGUGUUUACUGUAGCAUGCUUCUGGGACUCGGAUGGAGCUUCGUUCAAAGAGUCCAGAGCGCAAGAGCCAGGUGGGGAUGCGGAUACGGGUGGUCUGCGGAAGAUCCUGUUCACCAUGCCUUCUGCUAGGGUCACUUGGAUCUGCGCUGUUUUCCUUCUUGGAUACGUCGGCAUCGAAGUCGCUGUCGGGGGGUGGAUCGUGACAUUCAUGAAAGAAGUGCGACACGCCUCCCCCUUCGAUAGCAGCAUGACAUCGACUGGAUUCUGGCUUGGAAUAGCAGUCGGUCGUAUUGUCCUCGGCUUUGUGACUCCCAUGAUCGGAGAAAAGGUUGCUAUCUCGGCCUAUAUCGCGCUCGAGAUUGGAUUCUGCAUCAUCUUAUAUCUGGUCCCUAACUUCUAUGCUGCGGCAAUUGCCGUGUCCCUGCAAGGCUUCUUUUUGGGUCCUUUGUUCCCUGGAGUUGUGGUUGUCACCACUAAGCUCUUGCCAAAGCACCUCCAUGUCAGCGCCAUUGGAUUCGCUGCCGCUUUUGGAGGCGCGGGUGCUGCGGUUCUCCCAUUCAUCGUCGGUGUUCUCGCAGAAGCUAGGGGUGUUCAGGUCCUUAUGCCGUUCAUCAUAGCGCUCUCGGGCGCUAUUUUGAUACUGUGGAAUCUCUUGCCAAAGAUGCCCAGGCGUGUCAGACUACCGGUCAAUAACUCGGCUGUGGUAAAUGGUUACGGGACUUGCUAG